ACAGGAGUCCACACCGAGGUCUCCGUAAACAUUAAGGUGGUCGGCCUCCUCUUUAAACGGGAGGACGGAGCAGGAUGUGCUCCGUGGUCGGGUGUGAUUCGGAGCGUCACGGUGCGCAACGUUUCAGGUUACCGGAGGACCCGGAGAGGAGGCUGGAGUGGGUCCAGUUCCUUCUUGAAGUCAACGGGCAACGACUCAAAGAAUCGUGCUGGACUGAUAUCACUAUUUGCAGAAAUCAUUUCAAAGGAGAUAGUUUUAUAAACCUGACUCCCUCUGGCACGGUCCAGCUAAAGUCCGGUGCUGUCCCGUCACUGUGCGUCAAGUCAGAGCCAGACGAACCUGAGCCGCGUGAGGAGCCUGAGGAAACCACAGAAGUCGCUUCUCAGUACGAUAAACUGAAGAGAUGUGAUAGUCCAUCCUCCUGUUCUGAAGAAUCAGGGCUGACUUCAGCAAGUGAGGAACUUGACCCUUCUGCCAGAGAAAGCCCAGUGCCAAGUGAUGAUCCAGAUGCUUUCAUGUCUGAUUAUGGUCAGAUGCUACAAAAGGUUGUGAACAUCGAUAUGAUCAGGGAAAAAGCUGCACUUCUGCAGAUGAAAGGGAAGUACGUCCUGAAGGAAAAACGUCUCCUCCAGCUGUUCAGACACAAAUGCCCGUCAUGUGGCUCCAAAGUGAAGAUGGAGAAGGUCACCUAUGGGGUGCUCAUCAUCUUGAACCAGCAGUGUCUUCAGUGUGACUACAGAAACCAAUGGAAAAGCCAAGUCAAUGCCAGCGUCCCAACAGCUGAGAAUAAACACCUGACAGAAGUAGUAGAAGUAACUCCACAGACCCAACAGAUGAUGUCAACAGAUGACAACUGCAGCAGUAUCACAGACAUGUCUGAGAUGGCCCCUGUUGUUGAUGAUGAGAGUGAUCCCAUAGAUGAAACGGAGGAAUCAGGUGACGAGGGUGACACGGAUUCUGAUGAGAAUUGGCAUCCGGAGGAGGAUCUCUCAAUGGUGAAUGAGAUUUAUGAUGAAUCUGAGGAGGAAACUGAAGAUGAAGAGGAUGAAGAAGAAGAUGGUUAUCAUCCUCCACUUCCUGCCAAACACAGUCGGCUCUGCACAGAGUGUGGGGUGCUCUACAAUAAACAGAAGCCUCACACAUGUGAGUACAAAAUCAAACCCUAUUCUUGCAACAUUUGUGGUAAGAGAUGUGUUAAUGAGAUCGCUCUCAGUUCUCACAGCAGAAUCCACGCCGAAAACUACGAGUACCGUUGCAAAUACUGUCGCGCUACAUUUAAAACAAAGGUGGACAAAAUCACCCACGAGCAGAUCCACGUAACUCAAGGAAAACCCUAUAAAUGCCCCGACUGUCCCGAGAGUUUUGCCACAAAUAAGGAACGCAGAAUCCACCUGGAGGAUCACAGAGGCCCCCAACAGCUUAAAUGUCACAUCUGUGGGAUUGACUUUACGCAACAAGGUUUUCUCCAGAGACACUUGGCCGUGCACACGGGUGAGAAGCCGUUUAAGUGUUCAGUGUGCCAACGUGGCUUCAAGCAGGCGGGCCACCUGAAAUCCCACAUGCGUCUGCACACAGGGGAGAGGCCUUAUAAGUGUCAGCUUUGUGACAAAAGCUUCAACCACAACGUGAGCUUGAAGAGUCACGUCCAGCGUUACCACUCACCAGGCUCUGGACGUGAGCGGAAGAAGGGUCGAAGAAACAAAACUGUUGUUGCACAGGAGGAUGGGAACAACAGAGGCUCAGACACUGGGCUUAGUGGUAAAGAAGAGGAGGUGCUGAAAGACAGAAAAGUAUUACCAAAGCGUAAAAGGAGAAGCACAGGUCGACCCAAAGGAAGGCCGAAGAGAGAUUCAGCAGGCAACUUGGGUGAAAAGCAAGGCCGGCGUUCAAACACUAAGACUGCCGAAGCUCAAGAGCACAAGUCAAAGAGAACACGCCGCAGUGAUGAAGAAAGGGAGGGCGAGCCUACCCAAAGUGGCAUGAUCUUUGACCCAACAGAGGAGAAAGAGGGGAAUAGUGAGGAAGUCACAUCCAACACAAGCAGAUCAAGAAGAAGAAGGACAAAACAUUGUAAUGGUGACCCUGAUUUUGACCCAGAAAAAAAAAGGAAAUAAGCCAGAAGAGUGGUAAAAGCUCAGGGAAAACCAGGAAAAAAUCAAGUAGUUGAAGACAAUGAACAUUGAAAAAUAAAAGUUGAGUUGGCAUUUAUUAAUAGAAAUACCAUUUAGAGUGUCCUACACAUA